GCCCCGAAGGCCCCGCCCUCUUCCGGGUCUGAGUGCCCGGCCCGCAUGGCUGCCGGCAGACGCGUGGGGCCUAGCGCGCGGUCACGUCCCGCCAUGGCGCCCUGGAAGAAGAAGAGGCUGCGGAAACGCCGAACUGGGGCUUCCCAGGGCCGCGACAGCGAUUCGGAGGAUGGCGAGUUCGAGAUUCAGGCAGAGGAUGACGCUCGGGCGCGGAAGCUGGGCCCUGGCAGAGCCUUGCCCUCAUUCCCUACCUCAGAGUGCGUGUCAGACGUGGAGCCCGACACCCGCGAGAUGGUGCGAGCCCAGAACAAGAAAAAGAAGAAGUCCGGAGGCUUCCAGUCCAUGGGCUUGAGCUACCCUGUGUUCAAGGGGAUCAUGAAGAAGGGCUACAAGGUGCCAACGCCCAUCCAGAGGAAGACCAUCCCCGUGAUCUUGGAUGGCAAGGAUGUGGUGGCCAUGGCCCGGACGGGCAGCGGCAAGACGGCCUGCUUCCUCCUCCCGAUGUUUGAGCGGCUGAAGGCACGCAGUGCACAGACGGGGGCUCGGGCCCUCAUCCUCUCACCCACCCGGGAGCUGGCCCUGCAGACCAUGAAGUUCACUAAAGAGCUAGGCAAGUUCACCGGCCUCAAGACCGCCUUGGUCCUGGGAGGAGACAAAAUGGAAGACCAGUUUGCAGCCCUGCACGAGAACCCCGACAUAAUCAUCGCCACCCCUGGACGGCUGGUGCACGUGGCUGUGGAGAUGAACUUAAAACUCCAGAGUGUGGAGUAUGUGGUUUUUGAUGAAGCAGACAGGCUCUUUGAGAUGGGCUUUGCCGAGCAGCUGCAGGAGAUCAUCGGCCGCCUUCCUGGGGGCCACCAGACGGUCCUGUUCUCGGCCACACUGCCCAAACUGCUGGUGGAAUUUGCACGGGCUGGCCUCACAGAGCCUGUGCUCAUCCGCCUGGAUGUAGACGCCAAGCUGAAUGAGCAGCUCAAGACCUCCUUCCUCCUUGUGCGUGAGGACACCAAGGCUGCCGUGCUCCUCUACCUGCUGCAGAAUGUCGUUCGGCCCCAAGACCAGACCGUGGUGUUUGUAGCCACAAAGCACCAUGCAGAGUACCUCACAGAGUUGCUGACGGGCCAGGGCGUGACCUGCGCCCAUAUCUACAGUGCCUUGGACCAGACGGCCCGCAAGAUCAACUUGGCCAAGUUCACACACAACAAAUGUUCCACCCUCAUCGUCACGGACCUGGCCGCCCGGGGCCUGGACAUCCCCCUGCUGGACAAUGUCAUCAACUAUAGUUUCCCUGCCAAGGGCAAGCUCUUCCUGCACCGAGUGGGCCGUGUGGCCCGAGCAGGCCGAAGUGGCACAGCGUAUUCCUUGGUGGCCCCAGAUGAGGUCCCCUACCUGCUUGACCUACACCUGUUCCUGGGCCGCUCUGUCACCCUAGCCCGGCCUCAUGAGGAGCCCUCAGGUGCAAUUGGCAGGGACGGAGUGCUGGGCCGGGUGCCACAGAGUGUAGUGGACGACGAGGACAGCAGCCUGCAGACCGCCAUGGAGGCGUCCCUGGACCUCCAGGGCCUGCACCGCGUGGCCAACAACGCCCAGCAGCAGUAUGUGCGCUCGCGGCCAGCGCCCUCGCCUGAAUCCGUCAAGAGAGCCAAGGCGCUGGACCUGGCAGAGCUGGGCUUGCACCCCCUCUUCAGCUCGUGCUUUGAGGAGGGAGAGCUCCAGCGCCUGAGGUUGGUGGACAGCAUCAAGAACUAUCGCACACGCACAACCAUCUUCGAGAUCAAUGCCUCCAGCAAGGACCCAAGUAGCCAGAUGAUGCGUGCCAAGCGGCAGCGGGACCGAAAAGCUAUUGCCAGCUUCCAGCAGGGGCGACAGGAAAGGCAGGAAGGCCCAUCCAACCCAGUCCCCCAGAAGGAGCUGCCUCAGAAGGAAGAGGAAGAGGAGGACAUGGCUGACACUGUGGAGGGUGUCUUCACAGAGGUUGUGGGCCAGAAACGGCCUAGGCCAGGACCCAACCAAGAAGCCAAGAGGCGGAGGAAGGAGGCCCGCCAGCGAGACCAGGAGUUUUAUGUCCCCUACCGACCCAAGGAUUUCGACAGUGAGCAGGGGCUGAGAGUCAGUGCGGCCGGAGGGGCCUUCGAGCAGCAGGUGGCUGGUGCGGUCCUUGACCUGAUGGGGGAUGAAGCGCAGAACAUGAACCGGGGCCGGCAGCAGCUCAAGUGGGACCGGAAGAAGAAGCGGUUUGUGGGGCAGUCAGGCCAAGAGGACAAGAAAAAGAUCAAGACCGAGAGUGGCCGCUUUAUCAGCAGCUCUUACAAGCGCGACCUCUACCAGAAGUGGAAACAGAAGCAGAAAAUUGAUGACCGGGACUCCGAGGAAGAAGGGCCAUCCAACCAGCGAGGCCCUGGGCCGCGCAGAGGUGGAAAGCGAGGUCGUAGUCAAGGUGCAUCCCAGCCCCGAACAUCCGGUGUACCCACAGGCCGCAUGCGCUCAGAACUCAAGACCAAGGAACAGAUCCUCAAGCAGCGUCGUCAAGCCCAGAAGCAGCGCUUCCUGCAGCGAGGGGGCCUGAAGCAGCUCUCAGCACGCAACCGCCGCCGCGCCCAGGAGCUGCGCCAGAGCGCCUUUGGCCGGGGUGCUCCCUCUAGGAAGGGCAAGAUGAGGAAAAGGAUGUAAGGAGCCAGACUCAGCCCCGGGCUUUCCUAGUAGCCCGGGUGUGGAUAUCAAGGACAUGUUUCCCUGUGCUGAGCAGUUCCACAGGAGCUGCUCUUAGAGGAGCAGUACCGUAUGGCCACAGAAAACAACGGCUGCUUUUGACUGGGAUGUUGGGUGAGCUCUUAAAGGAUGCAUAGGAGUCUAGCUAUGCAAAGCAGGCAGACCAAGUCCGGAGCCUGCAGGUCAGCUGCUUUUGUUUCCAUGCAUUCAGGGUUCAGAGAUCAGGGCCAUGUGGAUGCCUCUAACCCAGUAUUGAGUUUUAAUGUAAUAAACUUGACUGCCUCUAGUA